UUAGGUUGUUAUAGUUCAAAAGAGUCAACAAAUGAAUUAUAUAAUUAAGUUACUUAUAAUGAUAAUAAAUAACAUUUGCACGAAAAUGUAUUUUCAAAUGAAUAGUCGUAUGUGACAGCUAUUGAUAUUAAUUGUAUUUAGUGAAAAAAUGAAUAACUAGUUAGGUAUAUCAACAGUGCAAUAUUAUCGAGCAUUUUAAUUAUACAACAGAAGUAAGAAGAAUAUUAACUAAAUUGAUUAAAUUAAUAAUAAGUUUGAAAAUAUUUUUAUUUUGUAGAAAUGGCAACGAGAUGGGGAAUAAUAGGCACCAGCAAUAUAUCACACGAUUUUGUUGUCGCCAUUAAUACAUUGCAACAAACAGAGCAUUUAGUCACAGCAGUGGCUUCCAGAAAUAUUACUAGAUCUCAAGAAUUUGCAAAACAAUUUGAAAUCCCUAGAGCCUAUAAUUCUUAUUUAUGUAUGGCAAACGAUACAGAAGUGGGUAAGAAUUCAAUUUCAAAAUAUUAUUAUCAAUUAAUAUUAAUAUUUCAGAAGUAGGUAUUAUUAUGUAUAAUUUUUUUACAGAUGUUGUUUAUGUGGGUACACUCAACGAACACCAUUAUUCAGUCAGUCGUUUAAUGUUAGAAAAUGGUAAAAAUGUUUUAUGUGAAGAACCAUUUUGUAAAAAUGCCAAGGAAGUUAAUGAACUUAUUGAAGUAAAUUACCUACCCACAAUUAUAGAUCAUAGUUAAUAUUAUCUCUUGUUUAAAUAUUUUAACUUAACUAUUUUUUUAUUCUCUAAAUACUAUUAGCUUGCAAGGUCAAAAAAAUUAUUCCUUAUGGAAGCCAUGUGGAUGUUUUUCACUCCUGCUUUUAUAACCUUAAAAGAAAAAAUUGAUCAAGGUAUAAUAGGUGAACCGUUGCAAAUCAUUUCUUCGUUUGGUACACCAAUGCCUGAGUCACUAAUUCAUCAGUGAGAAUAUUUUUUCUUUGUAUGCCUACCUAAUUGAUUAUUAAAGAUUGACUUACAGUAGAAUUUGCAAGGAACUUAGAGAUUCAGAUUGUUAAAUCUGAACUUUAUUACACCCGGAUUAUUAAAAGAACUUGAUUUUUUUGAAAAAUGUAUUUAUAAAAAAAAUAUUUUAUAAAACAUUGUUUUAUAUUAAACAUAAAUAAAUAAAUAGUAGUGUUAUUUGCAUAAGUAUUAUGAACAUCAUAAUCAAUUUUAUAUUAUUCUAAUAAUGUUUACUAUGUGUUUGAUAAAUAAUUUGUUUAGUACUUUGUUUAUAAUUGGAAAAAUAUGUUUUUUUAAACCAAAUUCACAUUAAUUUUUAAUGCCAUUAAUAGUUCUAGCGUAUUGCGUUUCAGACCUAUUUACUAGAAAAAAAAUACGCAUUUAAUCAAUGGUACCUAUACAAUAUGACAACCCAUGUAUAUGACAUAUUAUCUGGUACAGAUAAAGUAGAGUAUGAAUUAUUGUAAUGAAAUCUGGUGAAAUCCAAUUUGUUCUUUAUAAAUACAUAUGUAUGUACAAUAUUAUAAUAGACGAAUGUAAAAAUCAAUUUUCAUUUCAAAAUAACAUUAUUAUUAUAAUAUCCGACUUAUCAUUAUAACCAAUAUUGUUUUAAACUACCAAAUUUACUGCACAUGAGUUAUAAAACUGACCAUUUACAUUGCUAGGAUUUAUUUUAGCUGGAAUAUUAUUACUAACAGCAUCGUAAUAAGCGGGUUUAGCUGUAUUUCUUAUAAUAUUUAAUAUAAGUUGUAUUUUGUAGGCGCAACAGUGGUGGAUCUAUAUUAGAAUUAGCUGUAUUUUCAGUUUACAUGAGCCAAUUUCUUUUUGGUCCUGAAAAACCACAGAUUUAUGGAACUUGCGGGCAAUUAACAGAAUCUGGGUUUGACAAGGAUGCAAGUGUAAUUUUAAAGUAUAGCAAUGGCCGAAUUUCUACAUUUUUUAGUCACUUUAAAGUAAAAUUAUCUAAUGAGGCAAUUGUAUUUGGCACUAAAGGAAGUAUUAAAGUAAGAUAAAUAUCUAUACAUUAAAUUUUAUUUAAAAUACAACGUUUUUAGUUACAUAAUCCAUUUUGGUCAGCUAUUCAAAUGACUAUAAAUGGUGAGCACAUUAAUAUAGAUGUGCCUCAUACAAAUAAAGCAACCAGAUAUAGAAACAGUGUACAACUUAUUCAUGAAAUUCAAGAAGUUAGGAAGUGUCUUCUUCAAGGUACCUAAUUACUAUUGGAAUAAAUAUUAUUUUAUAAUGGUUACAUUUAUAUUAUUAUUUUAGGUUUAAAUGAAAGCAGCAUAAUUCCAUGGUCGUUGAGUAUUGAAAACGCUGUUUUGCUUGAAAAUAUAAGAAAAGAAUUAGGAGUUAAUAUUUAGUAGUUUAAAUAAAAUUAAUUGUAUAGAAUAAUUAUAGAUUAUAUUUCAAUAAAAAUAA